UGUUGGAAGUCAGUUAGUGAAUUAGAAAUAAAUGCUCCGGCAGAGAAGUACCACGAAGUCUUCAACAAUGAAACUUUCCAUGUCCCAAAGAUUUUCUCCAAAAUCAUUCAAGAAGUUGAAGUUCAUGGGGUGUUUGAUGGUAAGGAUGAACUUUUCAAAGAACGAGUGGAAUUUGAUGACAAAAAUCUCUCAGUAUCCCUAAUCGGAUUGGGAGGAGAUGUGUUCAAGCAUUACAAAACCUUCAACGCAAUACAUAAAGUUCUACCAAAGAGUCCUAGACAUAGUUUAGUAGUUCUAACCUUAGAAUAUGAGAAACUCGACGAUGGUUCUCCUUAUCCUUAUCAAUAUCUCGAUCUCAUGAAUGGCAUCGCCAAAGACAUUGAGUCUCACCUUAAAUAA